AUGGAUUUUCUGGUGAUGAAUCGUAUUACAGAUGAUCAACCUUCCACAUCGAUUCAUUUUCAACUGUGGAAACCGCCACCAGAUACGGAGCUUGCUGAUCCAGGAUUCGCCACUCCUGGUUCGAUUGACAUGGUUUUUGGGUCGCAAUAUUUUUACGAUUUUCAUCGUUUGGAUGGUGGCCGGAUCCAGGUGCGAAAGGUUGGCAACUCAUUGCCAAUAUUUAUCAACACCGUCUUUGGUUGGGUGGCUGCUGGUGAAGUCGAUCGGCAGAGACAGGAUGCACGGGUGAGCUGCAACGCAGCGUUUACAGAUCCAUUAGAUGAAGCGAUUGAAAAAUUCUGGGUCAUUGAAGAACUGCCGGGUAAAAAACUCCGCUCUCGGGAGGAAGAAGAUUGCGAAAUGCAUUUUCAAAAUACGGUGCACAGGGAUGAAUCAGGUCGCUAUGUUGUACGUUAUCCAAAACGUGUAGACUUCCACCAAUUAGUAGGCGAAUCGGAAAGCACAACACUCAGAAGAUUUCAACAUCUGGAAAGGUGUCUGGAAAAAGAUGAAGAUUUAAGAAAAUGCUACAAUCAAUUCAUGGGAGAAUACUUAAAGAUGGGUCACAUGAAACUGGUAAACAACGAGGUCCAGAUGAAUGAAACGCGAACGGUCUGUUUUCUCCCGCAUCAUCCGGUUUUUAAGGAAUCCAGUUCGACAACCAAGGUCAGGGUAGUUUUCGACGGCUCAGCAAAAACAUCAACGAAUUACUCCCUCAAUGAUGCUCUUCUAACGGGUCUGUUUGUGCAGGAUGAAUUGGUAGAUUUAAUGGUUCGCUUCCGAAAACAUUCCGUCGCUGUUGUAGCGGAUGUAGAAAAAAUGUAUCGCCAGAUUCGUGUCCACUCUGAGGAUGCAGCUCUCCAACGAAUAUUUUGGAGAUUUAAUCAAUCCGAUCCUAUCCAACAGUAUGAGCUUCAGACAAUAACUUACGGUUUGUCUCCAUCCUCAUUUUUGGCCACCCGGGUUCUUCAGCAGCUUGCUAACGAUGCUGGAGAAAAAUAUAAACUAGCCGCAAAGGCACUGAAAAACGAGUUUUUCAUGGAUGACUUCCUAUUGGGAGCCGAUAACGUCGAAAAUGCUAUACCACUGAGAAACGAAAUGCAAUCAAUAAUGGCAGAAGCAGGAUUUCCCCUACGAAAAUGGAAUUCAAAUCAACGUGCCGUUCUAGAAGACUUGAAUCAUGGUGAAACCGAUCCAUCAACAACACUUCAUCUAGUGUCAGAAACGACAGUCAAAACUCUGGGAGUCGUUUGGGAGACGGAACCAGACUUACUAUGCAUUGAUGUACGAGCCACAACUAACAACGAUGAUUGGACGAAACGAAAAAUCUUUUCUGCAAUUGCCCAACUUUACGACCCGCUCGGGCUCGUGUCACCGGUUAUAUCGUGA